AUGGCUCUGAACUCAACUAUCGUAUCCUUGUUAUCAAAUACCACGUUGAUGGAUCGAACCGAUCUACCAGGACUGUCGACAUGUACUUAUCCAACCAGUUUCGCUGAAGUUGAUUACAUCAGCACCUACAUCUAUCUACUGGCAAUUCCAUUCAUCUGUGUUCUGGGUGCAUGUGCUGCUGUGAUGUGCAUUGUGGUAUUUACACGGAAGCAGAUGAGAUCAUCUCUCAACGUGUAUCUCGCUGGUUUAUCGGUUUUCGAUCUCAUCUUGCUUUUCUUUAGCGCACUAACCUUUUCGCCACUUCAAGGCUGCGUUUUGCAGGGACAUGGUGACACUGCAGUGUGUCAUUUUUUCUGGCGAACCACACCUUGGACGCUUCCAAUCUCCAAUAUUGCUCAAUGUGGAAGUGUUUGGACGUGCGUUGCAGUGACGGUUGAUCGAUUCCUGGCGGUCAACUAUCCACUACAUAGUAAAAUUUGGUGUACUCCACGACGAGCAGCUUCGAUUCUCUUGGCAAUUACGGUUUUCAGUGUUUCUUUUAAGGCACCAAUGUUCUUCGAACUGACCAACGAUGAGUGUGGUCGACUGAGAACUUCUAGUCUUAGAGAUAACAAGUAUUACAAAGAGUACUAUGUAACAUUUGGCUACCUAAUUGCGCUUCUUUUGAUUCCUUGGGCUGUAAUGAUCGUUUUGAAUGUGUUUGUGGUGAAAGCGGUACACAAGGCUUACAAGAUUCGGAGAUCCAUGCAAGGAGGGAAGAAUAAUCAAGAGGAGAAGGAUCGAAGCGCCUCUAAUAUUGUCAUCUACUCUCUUUUUGGAGCUAGAUUCCGCCAGAUGUGUGUUCUUAUGCUAUGCGGAAGAAAUAGCCGAUGGAUGGAGUGGCUCAAAGUUGGAAGAUAUCCUCCACAAAGCAUUGUCAGUGACUGGGAUGGAAGAGAUGGAACCACCAGAAAAACAAGUUUAGAUGCUUCAACUGCCCUUUUGAGUGCACGGAGCUCUCGCCGCUGGAGCAAACGCAGUCAAAGUGGAGCCCCUCAUCAGGCAGCAGCUGCUCGAAAAGACACCGUCAUCUACACAAGUGCCCAGAACAGACUCUCUCUUCAGAGUACUCCAUCUUAA